AUGAGUCUGAAGGAAGAUGAUGUGGAGAAGUUUCUCGAUGGUAACCCUACUUUUGCCAAGCAAUAUUUCGAUAAGAAACUGAGACCAGAGCCACUGAGUAGCAUUCAGACAUCAGAGGAGAGCGAGAUACUUUUUGAGUUGAUUCAAGACAUGCAGGAAAGCAUUAACAUGGAGAAGGUUGUUUUCAAGACUCUAAGAAGAAUCAGCUCUCUCAUCCACGCAGACCGCUGCAGCCUUUUUAUGUUCAGGCAAAGGAACGGCACACCAGAGCUGGCUACCAGGCUUUUCAAUAUUGAGAAAGACAGCAUGCUGGAGGAAUGCUUGGUGUCUCCAGAUUGUGAAAUUGUCUAUCCUUUGGACAUGGGCAUCGUGGGGCAUGUUGCUCAAACGAAGAGAACUAUAAACAUAAAGGAUGUCAAUGAGUGCACUCAGUUCAGCAGAUUUGUUGAUGAACUCACCGAAUACACUACAAGGAACAUACUUGCAACUCCCAUUACGAAUGGCAAAGAUCUCGUUGCUGUGAUCAUGGCCAUUAAUAAGAUACAUGGCACGUUCUUCACCAGCUCUGAUGAAAGUCUUUUCCUGAAGUAUCUGAAUUUUGCCUCCUUAAAUCUGAAAAUUUAUCAUUUGAGUUAUCUUCACAAUUGUGAGACUCGACGAGGCCAGGUGCUGUUGUGGUCAGCGAAUAAGGUAUUUGAGGAGCUGACGGAUAUCGAGAGGCAGUUCCACAAAGCUUUUUAUACAGUGAGAGCAUAUUUGAACUGUGAUAGAUAUUCAGUGGGCCUUCUGGAUAGGACCAAACAGAAGGAUUUUUUUGACUUGUGGCCAGUUCUAAUGGGUGAAGUUCCACCUUAUUCCGGACCUCGGACUCCAGAUGGCAGAGAAAUAGUCUUUUACAAAGUCGUUGAUUAUAUCCUACAUGGAAAAGAAGAUAUUAAAGUUAUCCCAAACCCAACAGCAGAUCACUGGGCACUUGCUACUGGACUCCCAACGUAUGUCGCUGAAAGUGGCUUUAUCUGCAACAUUAUGAAUGCCGCUGCAGAUGAGAUGUUUAAAUUUCAGGAAGGUCCUGUAGAUGACUCAGGCUGGAUCAUCAAAAAUGUAUUAUCUAUGCCAAUAGUAAACAAAAAAGAAGAAAUUGUUGGUGUUGCCACAUUUUACAACAGAAAAGAUGGGAAGCCAUUUGAUGAACAGGAUGAGACUCUCAUGGAGUCUUUGACCCAGUUCCUGGGCUGGUCUGUCCUCAAUACGGAUACUUACGAUAAGAUGAACAAGCUGGACAAUCGCAAGGACAUUGCUCAGGACAUGGUGUUGUACCACGUGAAGUGUGAUAAGGAUGAAAUUCAGGGAAUCUUGCCAACAAGAGAGAGGCUGGGGAAAGAACCAAUGGAAUGUGAAGAAGAUGAAUUAACGGUAUUACUGAAAGAAGAACUGCCAGACCCCAUUCAGUCCGAGAUCUAUGAGUUCCACUUCUCCGAUUUCAAUUGUACAGAACUAGAGCUUGUGAAGUGUGGAAUUCAAAUGUACUACGAGCUUGGGGUGGUGAAAAAGUUCCAGAUUCCACAAGAGGUGCUUGUAAGAUUCAUGUAUUCUGUCAGCAAGGGUUACAGAAAGAUUACGUACCACAACUGGCGGCAUGGCUUCAAUGUAGCACAGACUAUGUUCACGCUUUUAAUGACUGGCAAACUGAAGCGUUACUACACAGACCUUGAAGCCCUUGCUAUGGUAACUGCAGCUUUGUGUCAUGAUAUUGAUCACAGGGGCACCAACAACCUUUAUCAAAUGAAAUCUCAACAUCCGUUAGCAAAACUUCAUGGUUCAUCAAUUUUAGAGCGACAUCACUUGGAAUUUGGAAAGUUCUUGCUUUCAGAAGAGUCGCUAAAUAUCUACCAGAAUCUCAACAGGAGACAGUUUGAGCACGUGAAUCAUUUGAUGGAAAUUGCGAUCAUAGCUACGGACUUGGCACUUUACUUCAAAAAGAGAACUAUGUUUCAGAAGAUUGUUGAUGAGUCCAAGACCUAUGACAAUGAAAAUGCCUGGACUGAAUAUUUGUCUCUGGAAACGACAAGAAAAGAGAUUGUCAUGGCUAUGAUGAUGACUGCCUGUGACUUAUCUGCGAUCGCUAAACCCUGGGAAGUGCAGAGUAAGGUAGCGUUCCUAGUCGCUGGUGAAUUCUGGGAACAGGGUGACUUGGAAAUAAGUGUACUUCAGCAGCAGCCAAUCCCUAUGAUGGACAGGAGAAAAGCUGCUGAGCUUCCAAAGCUUCAAGUCGGUUUCAUUGACUUUGUGUGCACGUUUGUCUAUAAGGAAUUUUCACGUUUCCACGAGGAAAUUCAUCCGAUGUAUGAGAGAUUGCUGAACAACAGAAAGGAAUGGAAGGCUCUUGGUGAUGAGUAUGAUGCAAAAAUGAAAGCGUUGGAAGAAGAGAAGAAAAAAGAGGAGGAAAAAAUGGCUGCACAGCAAGCAGCUAUGACAAGUUGCAAUGGAAGAACUCCCCCCUCUAGAACCUGUUGUAUCAUUUAAACCUAUUUCUGCUGGUGUAUGAACUACG